AUGGUUUUCCGAUCGGGGCCCAAUGCUCCAGGCGUUGCAUUCAUUACAGGAGGUGCCCGGGGUUUGGGAAAUGCGAUUGCGGUUUCAUUCUCCAAAGAAGGGUCUCGCGGUGUCGUGCUCGUCGACAUCCAGGACGAGAAGACGUUUGCCGAGGGCAAGGCCAAUGUUGAGAAGUAUGGUGCAAAGUGUUUAGCCAUUCGAGCCGACGUCACCAAAGAAGCUGACGUCGAGAGAGCCAUCGCUGAGGCCGUGAAUGAGUUUGGUCGCAUAGAUUACGCUGCGAAUUUUGCCGGAAUCAUUGGUCCUCUCGGAAAUACAUGGGACAUCAGUCUGCGCGACUGGCAACGGGUUAUCGAUGUGAACACCAUCGGCCUUUGGCUCUGCAACAAGCAUCUUCUCAGGCAGAUGAUGAAGCAGGAAAGCAUCGAACACCGACCUCCUCAACGAGGGUCUAUCGUCAAUUGCGCUUCAGUCAAUUCUAUCCAGGCUGGUGCCGGAACAACUGGAUACUCGGCGUCGAAACACGCAGUCAUGGGCAUCACAAAAGCUGCAGCUCUUGAAGCUCGAUCUCACGGCAUACGCGUCAAUGCUGUGUCACCGGGAUUUCUCUUGACAAAACUCCUGGACGACUUUAUGAAACCCGAGGGUGGUACAACAAGCCCAGACGAUGUCUGGGAGAAGUACGAGGCCAGACAGGGCCGGAAGGCCACAUAUGACGAAAUCGGUGAUGUCGUCGUGUUGCUAAGUUUGCCACGCAUGAGUUUAGUGGUGGGCCACAACUUGGUAAUUGAUGGGUACGUCAUCCUCCAUAUUGUUGACUCUGUUGCGCCCACGGGCCCCGCCAAAUUCGCUGAUCAGAUGAGAGCGAUCACUGACUUUUUUCCUUUUCAAGAGGGUUUACAAUUAACGAGAAUGCGGAGUGAUUUGAGAGCCAUCACGAGAGUGGUGGGAAGACACUGGGGUCUUGCGGUGAAGUAA